AGGUUCACCUGAAACACGGCUAUCUAUGGCUGCAUACCUCGGGGAGCUUGUUUUGAGCAAUGAUGUGAAAGUAUUUGUUGCCCAAACUGCGGGCUCAGCACUGGUUGAUAUCAUGAGAAGUGGAAGCAAGCAAGCAAGACAAGCUGCUCUCAAGGCAUUGAACCAGAUCUCAUCCUAUGAAACAAGCGCCAAGAUACUAAUCCAAGCAGGCAUUCUCCCUCCUCUCAUGAAGGACCUUUUCACCGUUGGUGCCAACCAGCUCCCCAUGAGGCUGAAGGAAGUCUCUGCAACAGUUCUUGCUAAUAUUGUGUCUUCAAGUGCUGGUAUUGAGUCUAUCCUGCUUGGUCAUGACCACCAGAGCUUGGUCUCUGAAGACAUUGUCCAUAAUCUAUUACAUCUCAUCAGCAACACAGGUCCUGCAAUUGAGUCUAAGCUCCUUCAGGUCCUUGUUGGACUAACAAGUUCUUCCACAACUGUUCUAAACAUAGUCGCUGCCAUCAAAAGCUCUGGUGCUACCAUCAGCUUGAUUCAAUUUGUGGAAGCUCCACAAAGGGAUCUCCGCAUGGCUUCUAUUAAACUCCUACACCAUAUUUCACCUUACAUGGGUCAAGAGCUGGCAGAUGCCCUUUGUGGUACUGCUGGCCAGCUCAGCAGCUUGAUCAAGGUCAUUGCAGAGAAUAAUGGGAUCUCUGAAGAGCAAUCAGCUGCUAUUGGGCUUCUAGCUGAUCUUCCUGAGAGGGACUCAGGCCUCACUAGGUGUCUUCUGGAUGAGGGGGCCUUCGACAUAAUCAUUUCCAAAGUUGUCAGAAUCCGGCAAGGGGAGACUCGUGGCAGUCGUUUCGUCACUCCCUUUCUUGAAGGGCUUGUAAGAGUUCUCUCAAGGCUGACAUAUAUUCUGGAGGAUGAACCUGAGAUUGUAUCCCUUGCUCGUGAACAUAAUCUUGCUGCACUUUUCACUGAUCUUCUUCAGAUGAAUGGGCUUGAUAGGGUACAAAUGGUCUCUGCUACGGCAUUGGAGAAUCUCUCAAAACAGUCAAAACAUCUAACAAGAAUUCCAGUUGUCCCGGAGCAAGGAUUUUGUUGUUCUAUAUUUCCAUGUCUCAGUGAGCAGCCUGUUGUAACUGGGUUGUGUCGAGUCCACCGUGGGAUCUGUUCUAUGAACGAGAGCUUUUGUCUGUUAGAAGGGAAGGCAGUGGAGAAGUUGGUUGCCUGUUUGGACCAUACAAAUGAGAAGGUCGUGGAGGCUGCCUUGGCUGCCCUGUGCACACUGUUGGAUGAUGGUGUGGACAUCGAGAAAAGUGUGAUGGUGUUAUGUGAUGCAGAUGGGAUUAAACCAAUACUUGAGAUAUUGCGUGAGAACCGAACAGAGAUACUCAGGCAGCGAGCUAUUUGGGCUGUUGAGAGGAUUUUGCGGACAGAGGACAUAGCUUACGAGAUUUCAGGAGAUCAAAAUGUGGGGACAGCUUUAGUUGAUGCUUUCAGGCAUGGUGACUACCGGACAAGGCAGAUUGCUGAACGAGCACUGAAGCAUGUAGAUAAGUUGCCAAACUUUUCUGGAAUAUUUCCUAAGAUGGGAGUUUGAUGGGUGGACAAGGAUGGAAGCCUUGUUUGUACAGGAAGCUUGUAUGUCUUUUUCUGUUCCCUCCUUAUAUUUAUCUGUUUCGCUCCGCAAGUUUAUUGAAAGAUUUGACAUUCUUAUUUCUUCACUGCAUUCGGUUUGAAUUUUUUAUAUAUUGGUUGAGAUUUUUCUCUCUU